CGCCCGUCCUGCACAACCUGCAUUCAAGCUAUACUAAGGUUUCUUUUUCCAUCCACCAUAGGUUGAGGUGGACACUGACUGGAGACUUCACCAUUCUGCAGAGUGACCUGGUCAUGGAUGUUUUGUGACAGCCUCAACCCUGCCAUUGAUAUUGGCCAGGUGACUACAUACUACUACAGGUGGAGGGUGCCUUCACUCAGUGAGAGCCAGUCGGGCAGAGAGAUGAAUCACUGCUCCCUU